UCGCGUCUGAAUCGUACGUGCGAACUAUGACGUCAUACCCUAAGUAUGUUCACGCGGCGUCCUAAUUGAGUCUAAGAUAACUAUAUGACUUGCUGUUUGUGCCGACCUGCAUGCUCGCAGGGCUUGUUGCGGAGGAGCAAAGCAUUCCCGAAGCAUCGCUGAGCCCUUUAAGUAUUUCAAGAAACCAGACGGUACACGCUCAUCACAGGAUUUUCUUCCCUGGUUCCACGGUCGUCAGACAAGCCUCUGCGGAAAAAGGAAAUGGCAUUCGAGGAUGUUCUGGUAGACGUCGGAGGGUACGGCCUCUUCCAGAAGACACUGCUCACUGCGAUCGUCAUUCUGGGAACGUGGCACAUGACGUUAGGGUACUACGGACACCUCUUUUCCCUAUUGACCCCAGCUACGCAAUGGUGCUUCGUGAACGGCAGCAGUGUUGACAGCUUCAACAAGAGCAGCCUCCACAGAGGAGCGUGUCAGUUCAUCAGUCAUGCCACUAGCGUAGGAGGAAACGCUUCCGUUUUCGUCGAUAGGGAAUCUACGUGCCCUUCGGGAUGGAUGUACGACGAGAAUGAUAUAUUGCUCACGACCACUAUGGAGAAAAACUGGCUCUGUGGAAACAGCGAUAAAUUGUACACUGUCCACACCGUACACUGGAUUGGGUCCAUCACUGGCUUCCUAGUAUCAGGCUUUCUGGCCGACAGGUUUGGCAGACGGAAAACCAUAUCGGGCUUAAUAAUCAUGACCAUUGUGGCCAAUUUGGGCGGCUUGAUCUUUACCAACCACGUUCCAUUCGCUGUCUUUCGUUUCUUCUCUGGGGCCGGUACCUACACCACCUGCACGUCGUGCUUCAUUUUAGUUAUGGAAUACACGAUAUCCUCGAGGCGGACCCUUGUAGCCUUCCUGUGGGGAACCAGUUGGACUGUCAUGGCAACACUGUAUCCCUGGUACGCGUCGUGGAUCGGUACAUGGAGGGGACUCUUUAUAAGCACUGCAAUGGCAGAUGCCCUAUUGCUGUUAACCUUCUGGUGGGCACCUGAGUCAUCAUCUUGGCUCAUAUCUCGAGGCCAGAAGAAAGAAGCUGUCAAGCUUCUUCAAUGGAUCGCGAAAUUCAACGGGAAAGACAUCAGUGAAGAACAAAUUGAGAAAACAUUUGAACAGCGCGAUGACAGUGAAUUUCACGUGGAAUCCGAAGUGGCGGAAGAACUGCGUGGGUUCUGGAGCAGCACCCUAGCCCUGGUGGAAACGCCGAGGAUCCGCAAGAACACUCUGCUGGUCCUGCCAAUUUGGUGUUUAAUCACCAUGAGCAUCUACGUGGGCAGUCUGCAGCUUGGACGCAUGGGUCUGCAUGUGUACUCCGUCUACUCCAUCACUUCAGCCUUUGAACUUCCGGUUAACAUCUUUUGCGUCGUGGCCCUCGAUAGGCUGGGCAGAAGGUGGCCUAAUGUAGCUUUCAUUUUCAUUGGUGGGCUCAUCUGCGUCAUCAUGGCCAUCGUACAAACAGAUUCCCAGCUAUGGACCAUAGUGAUGGCAACAUUAUACAUGGCUUGCUUCAGUGGUGGCUUCAACAUAACCUACCAGGUCGCCUCAGAGCUCUUUCCGACUGGCAUCAGAGGAAGGGCAGUUCUGCUACAACGGAUGAUGAGCGAAUUAGGAAGCGUACUCGGGACUCAAGUUGCCGCUACGGUGGAAUGGAACCAGUAUCUGCCGCUGCUCGUUUCUGGAAUAUUAGCUAUGCUGGCAUCGGUCCUGGUCAUGUUUCUGCCAGAGACAGUAGGACUGCCGCUACCGCAAACAAUAGCGGAUGGAGAGAACCUGGGAAAGGACCGCCCAUUUUGUUUCUGCCCCUGUAUCCGUCUCCGGAAGGACACGAACAGCGACAAGGACAGACAUUGUAGUCAGACUAGUAGAGAACGUACCAUGACCUUAGAACGGCGCAUGUAAAGACAGUCAUGACAGCGGAGUGAAAGCCUGAAGACGUCGUAUGCGUGUGGAGGUGGAUACCUGGAUGGAAAAAGUGCUUCUGCAGAACGUGCGUUUUGUUAAGCCUCGUCCCCUUGUCUACAAGUGGGGGCAAUGUCUGUAGGGAGGGAAGAGAGGAAAUCAUCGGUGAUGGCAGUCCUGCUGCGCGCGACAUCGACGUGGUUUUGCAUACUUUCUGUCGAGGACACGGUACUUUCUGUCGAGGAAUCGGUCUUUCACCUGCCUCCCUGGCUACUUUUCUUUUGUAGCGUAUAAUUUCAACACCGUAUUCAGCAGAUAUGCAGUUCAGUAAAUAAUUACUUCGAGGAAAUUUUCAGAACCGAAGUAGCCGUAAUGAACCCCCCAAAGUCGUGGCUCCAGUGAAUGGCUUAUGGUCAGUUCCACCCGAAUUGAAAAUACAUACAGGUAACUACUUGGGGCCUUGCCCUUCAUUCUUGAUGUGACGGUGCUUUGCACAAUUACACGCACAAUUACAACAUAAUUACAGCUACGUGCAUACUUUGCAUAAUUACUUGGAGGAAAUUUUCAGAACCGAAGUAGCCAUAAUGAAGCCCUCAAACUCGUGGCUGUAGUGAAUGGCUUAUGGUCAAUUCCGCCUGAAUAGAAAAUACAUGCGGGUAACUAUUUGGAGCCUUGCCCUUCGUUCUUGAUAUGUAACUUUGCACAACGAGGGUCGCCAACGGGGUCCCCUAGUCUGUCGCUGACGUGGCUGGACACACCUUGCGAUUGUAGCGCCUUCCACGGCAUUCGUAAGAACAUGGCACUCGUAGAUGGAGUGCUGAAGUUGACACUGUUCCGUCUGCCACGUCUCGCAGUGCCACCACCGGCCGGACAUUCCUCUUCCCGAUGAAUCUAAUCCACUAAACCUCCUCUACUGCGCUGCCUAUCUCAUUACCCCGCAACCCACACGACGAAGCGCGAACUAAUUGCAUAAUACAUGCGUAAUCAACUCCGGGAGCGAAAACUUGCAUAACCGACAUACCGGAAGUUCGCCGCGGAAGAGGAAAACGACAUCAAGAUCCUAUACACAGCAGGUGUCGGGUGCCUAGCGGUGACAUACAGUCCCCAUGAAAGUGUUCUAACUAAAUUAUCUACCCUCUCUGAAUAAAAACUGAUUGAGAAAUAAAUAAAUAGGCAAAAAAUUC